GACCAGCUUACUUUCAACAAGGCCACAUUCAGUUGUGGUUUCAUACGCUGUCGCUCUUUGCCAUCUUGAAUAUAUUGGCUCUAAUUAAGUAUUAAUACAGUUUCCGCACGGGAAAUAUGUUAUUCUAGCGGUUCGGUGGGAAUUGCUCCUAUCGCAACAGCUCCAUAACCUGGAUCUAGCUUGGUUGUGCCAUGUUAAGAGCUAUCUGGAUGGGACUGAUAUACAUCCCAUUGGUUUCCACAUACACAGACUCUAAAGCUGUACAUUCGCUCAUCACGCGUAUACACCAUGACCUUUAGAUACCAUCCAUUCCCCUGGCGAUUGGGGGGCCUGGCGCUUUUUGGGGCCUCUUUGCUAUUUACCUCCAAUGCUAUCGCAGGCCCUUCAGUCAAUGUCGCCUUAACAACCUCAUUCAAUGCUGCGCCAUAUCUGGUAGAGCUUUUAGAAACUGCUGCGGAGGAGAAUUCUACCUGCUACUUCCCCCUGCUGGAUCGCAUUGCUGAAGGCACAUUCGCAGAAAUCACAACGGAUCAAGGCCUCUAUGAGCGAUUUACACAGCUACUGCAAGAGGAUGGACACCUUACUCAUCCCGAAGCUAUUUCGUUGUUUAAAUUUGCCUUAUCGUUGCGAUCCACGGCGCCGCGGAUCGAAGCUCACUAUCAGUAUUAUAAUACUUCAGUGGAGCCGUCGUUAAUGGCCGCGCAAGAUGCGGUCUGCACUGUGUGGGCGCAUUAUGAUGGCGACCAGUAUUGCUCACCCAGUUUAGAAUAUGCACAGCAGAGCGUGUCUGGAGACCAGCACGAUCGAAUUUUGCCGUUUGACCGAGUGCUUGGAGAUUCUUCUUUGCCUCCAUUAAUCCUAUAUGCUGACAUUACGUCACCUCUCUUUGGUGGGUUCCACCAGGAACUUAUCGAGAAAGCUCGCGACGGCCAGUUCUCAUAUAGGAUUCGAUAUCGGCCAUCUGGGUCUGAAGUCCCGAGACCGCUUUUCGUCAAUGGAUAUGGAGUGGAGCUUGCCCUUAAGCGGACGGAUUAUAUCGUGAUCGACGAUCGAGACGCGAAACAGAGGGUCCUACAGGAUAAUGAUGCAGAAAAACCUACAUUAGCACCCGCUGAGGAUCUAGAAGAAGAGCCACCUGCGGACUUGAAACCCUUAUCUGCAUCUGAAGUGUCUACCCUUGGCAUGAACGCUGCCAGUUUCGUUAUGAGCAGUGAUGACCCAUUCGCGACUCUAUUAAGGCUAUCACAAGACUUCCCGACACAUUCAGCAACAAUUGCGAGCGGAAAAGCAUCGUCUAAGUUUACUAAAGAGUUGAAACAAAAUCGAGCUGCCCUGUUACCUGAAGGGCACAACGUUAUGUGGGUCAACGGUCUGCAAAUAGACCCUCGAACCAUUGAUGCAUUCUCGCUGCUCAAUCAUUUCAGACGUGAAGGGAAGUUAAUCAAUGGUUUUCGGAAAUUUGGUCUAUCUGGGCAACAGGGUGUGAAUCUUUUGUCCAACCCAGUUCUUGCUAAAAGCCAUGCAGCCGGCGAUCCCCUGAGAUAUGAUUAUAGGGAUGAGUUUGAAGGUGGUGGUGUAAUUAUUUGGUUAAAUGACCUUGAAAAAGACCAUCGGUACAAUGGCUGGCCGAGCGAUCUUAAAUCGCUACUCAGAAUCACGCUCCAAGGCCAGCUCCCCCCGGUUCGCCGGGAUAUACACAAUGUCGUCAUUCCUGUCGAUUUGACCUCCCCAGAGGAUGUUAGAAUUGUUGCUGAGACUCUUCUAAUACUCGUUAAGAGAAUGGUACCAAUCAGGUUUGGUAUUGUGCCCUUAGUACACAAUAAGAAUACUCUAGGACAGGCCAAAAUUGCUCAUCACCUACUUGAUGCCUACGGAAUUGGCGCUUUGAUCAGUUACUUGCAAGCUUCAUUGUCCGCAGACAAAGUGGCCUCUCCGGAUCGCGCUAGUUUCACAUCUGCAUUGGAAAACCGUAAAUUGCGAGAAGACCGUACGCCCCUUGCUUUCGAAGAUGCUUUAGAAUCGGACAAUUACGACCCGAUACUCUCCAACACCAAGUCUUACCUCGAACGGCUGGCCGUUAAAGGAGAAGUACUACCAUUUUUCGUGAACGGUGUUGCCUUCAUGCGCGACGAAAGUUUCCUUCAAUAUAUGCUCGCAAGCCUCUCUAAGGAUUUGGAGGAUAUUCAACGACGUGUUUACGAAGGCACGAUUGAUGAGGAUGUUUGGGUUCCUUCUCAUUUCCUCCAAGGAGCGUUGCAAGGUCGAAACCCCUUGCUUAUCCCCGAGAACCCUACUGAAAUUCUAACCGUCGACCUCGACGAAAUGUAUAUGAAUCAUAAGGAUAUUUUUGACACCACCCUGCGAAUCCCCGCUGCUGCUGAAUCGGAACAUCCGCUGUUGGAUUGGAGUAGCAUCAUUUUGGUAGCUGACCUGGACAGCGACGCUGGAGCUAAACAGCUUACUUACCUGCUGGAGCUUCACAAAAAACAUCCUGGAGUUGAGAUUUUACUGCUGCAUAACGGCGAGAGCUCAUCGACUUCCCAAGCCCUGUCGACAAGACUUUACAGCAUCCGGAAUGGCCGUGACCUUGACCCAACCGUUAUCACUGCAGCUCUUGGUUCUGAAAACGAAGAGCCCUCAGAUUCUGCAGCUGCAUCCGCUUAUUGGAAGACUGUUCAGCCGCUGGUGAAAGAAAUUGGAUUUGGAACUAGCGAAAUUGGAAUGGUGGUAAAUAGCAGGGUGAUUGGCCCGAUGCCCUCAUCAACCACCUUGGAUAUUCAAGACCUGGAACAACUGCAUAUGUACGAGCAGUCAAAGCGAGUCGGAGUACUUUCAAGGGCGGCCUUUGAGCUAGGCUUGGAAGCCAACAUUUCUGAUCCCCUGGGCCUCGCAAGGCUACAGGCCCUAGCUUCGCUGUCAGCAACCUCCAACGUCCCAGAAGGAAUAUAUGGCUCCGGCCAAACUGCGCGCACUGAUAUUUUCGAGAAAUGGAAUGGCGUUCACUCUGCUAUCUCUGUCUCCAAUUCUGAUGACCCGUCUAUCCAUAUCGUUGCGGCAAUCGAUCCAACGACGGAGAUUGCUCAACGCUGGGUUCCUAUUCUGAAAGUAUUAUCAGAACUAAAUGGCGUCAGUUUGAAGCUGUUCCUCAAUCCCCGGGAGGAAAUAAAAGAAUUGCCUAUUAAAAGAUUUUAUCGACAAGUCCUCGAAUCAGCCCCAUCCUUCAAUGCAGAUGGCUCCAUAGCGAAGCCGCAGGCUAUCUUCCGUGGAAUCCCUGGUGAAGCACUACUCAAUUUAGGGAUGGACGUACCUCCUUCAUGGCUUGUAGCUCCCAAGGAAUCGAUACACGACCUCGACAACCUCAAACUGAGCACACUCAAAGAAGGCACCAACGUUGAUGUUAUUUAUGAGUUAGAACAUAUUUUAAUCGAAGGCCACUCGCGAGAUGUUACUCGAGGCGUACCUCCAAAGGGAGUCCAACUGCUCCUUGGAACAGAGAAAAAUCCCCACUUCGCAGAUACCAUCGUCAUGGCCAACCUGGGCUAUUUCCAAUUCAAAGCACGGCCAGGAUGCUGGAAGAUAACAUUAAAACCGGGCCAGAGCGAACGCAUCUUCCGCAUUGACAGCGUUGGUGGACAUGGCUAUAUACCUACACCCGGCGAUGAGAACAACGAUGUAGCCCUUCUUUCCUUCCAAGGGAAGACACUCUUCCCGCGCCUCUCUCGAAAACCUGGUCAUGAAAGAGAUGACGUCCUCGAUGCGGAUCACAAACCAGCCUCCGCCGCAAAGCACUUCCUUUCAAAGGGCUUAAACUUCGCCUCCAACAUCUUGCACAGCAUUACUGGCCCCGCCCAAGAAACACACGCAGACAUAAACAUUUUCUCUGUCGCCAGCGGCCAUCUAUACGAACGCAUGCUCAACAUCAUGAUGGUCUCCGUCAUGAAGCAUACAAAACAUAGCGUGAAAUUCUGGUUCAUCGAACAAUUCCUAUCCCCAUCGUUUAAAUCUUUCCUCCCCCACCUCGCCGCGGAAUAUGGCUUCUCCUACGAAAUGGUCACCUACAAAUGGCCGCACUGGCUGCGCGCACAGACAGAAAAACAACGCAUCAUCUGGGGUUAUAAGAUUCUCUUCUUAGACGUCCUCUUCCCGCUCUCGCUGGACAAGGUCAUCUUCGUCGACGCGGACCAAAUUGUCCGCGCGGACAUGUAUGAGCUCGUCACGCUAGAUCUAGAAGGGGCGCCAUACGGCUUCACGCCAAUGUGCGACUCGCGCACGUCCAUGGAGGGCUUCCGCUUCUGGAAGCAAGGGUACUGGGAGAAAUUCCUCCGCGGCCUCCCCUACCACAUCUCCGCGCUGUACGUGGUCGAUCUGAACCGGUUCCGGGCCAUUGCUGCUGGCGACAAGUUGCGCGGGCAGUAUCAUACCCUCUCCGCCGAUCCGGCCAGUCUGAGCAAUCUAGACCAGGACCUGCCGAAUAAUAUGCAGCAGGUGUUGCCGAUCAAGAGUCUACCGCAGGAUUGGCUGUGGUGUGAGACGUGGUGUUCCGAUGAGUCGUUGGCGACGGCGAAGACGAUUGAUCUGUGUAAUAAUCCGUUGACGAAGGAGCCCAAAUUGGAGAGGGCUAGGAGGCAGGUGCCUGAGUGGACGGUUUAUGAUGAGGAGAUUGCGGCUGUGCAGCGGAGGGUGUUGGAGGAAGAGAGGGAGGCUAAGGGAGGAACAAAAGGUGGGGAUCAGAACGUGCCUCGGGAUGAUGGUGGGGACGAUGGGAAGGGGAAGAGUGAAAAGGGGACCAGGAAGGAUGAGCUGUAAGAUGCCCUUAUGUGUUAGAGGCUUACUUGAGUUCUUAGAACGUUGGACUCUGGUCUAUAUAAUAUUUUGUUUUGCCAUGUAAAAUCGUAAAAAAAUCAUUUUCAAAAGACGCUAGAAGGCUCGGUUGGGUAUCUAUUCUGUCUGAUCUGUUUUCUGAAAGACUUUCUUUUAUUUCCUGCUAUCGUACAUACAUACAUUGCGGUCCGACGAGACCGCGACUGGCCUGUCUCCCCGCUCCCCCCCACCACCCCAAAUUUGCAAGUAACCAUUGAAAUGUGUAAAGUACAUGCCUGGAGAACAGAAUCAACGAACACCAGGGAGAUUUUCGGCGAAGAGGGCAAAUAUUGGUGAGGGAAAAUAAUAAAUAAGGAGUAAGUUGGUGUUAGAUGGCGUCCUUGAAUAGAUAUUAGAUGUGCAGGUCCUGCCAGCCAGCAAUCUAUUGAACACAUCCUCGAUCAUGAUAGAAUUUUUAUUCGGCUUGAUGAGAUAUGAAUAAAAGGCACUUUAGCACUAGCAAACAGCAAGGGGA